AUGGAGCCAUGGCUAGAUUCUCUUUCCGAGGACUGGAAGUCGGAACACCGCUCCUCCUCUCCCGCUCCCUCUCUUUCGAGCAGCCGUCAGAAUCAUAGCAGCAUCCUGUCCCGCUCGCAAAGCCGCAUUCCCCAUCUAGCAAAGAACAUGCGCAAAGAUUCUUCCUCGGGAAGCUUCUUGAGACAUAGGUCUACGCGGGGCCAGGCACGACAAAACAGCGAAUCCAUCCUACGCGAACGUAGCGCAUCAAGCCUGAAUAUGCCGCCUCAGUCGGGGUCGCAAAAACAAGCGAGUCUCCCACGCCGUCCCUCGAGUGCUUUUUCCGAGUCGCAAAACUCGGUUCAGCACCAUUCAAUACAUGAGAAGCCCGCCGCGGAUCAAACACCUGAAUGGAAGAGGAGGCUUAUCCACGGCGAGGAUCUUGGCAGUGAUGGCUUUGACCUCUUCUCCCCGUCCAAGCUCGAAGGCAUAUUCAAAAACCCGGCACCAUCAGGAGGACAACAGAGAGAUCAUAACUCGGAACAAACCGAAAGCGAUUCCGUUCGCCGGAAGCCAUUCACCCUUCCCACAACCAAUCCUUUGUCAGACCAAUACAGCAGCGUCCGACAGACGAGAAGUCUUCCUAAUCUCGAAGUCCUCGAGGAGGUUAAUGAGGAGGAUGAACUCUCUGGGCACGAUUUACCCGCCUUGCCAUCAAGUCCUGCUCGUGCGGACUCCGCGGGGUCUAUUAGAGGUCUUGUCAAGCAUCGGGUUCAAUCGCUUGAACGUGCCAGUGCGAAUGUGUCCGGCGCGUCGUCUCCGACCAGCUCUCAACAAGACGGUUAUGACGUGAGCGAUCCACGAUGGAGAACAGUCAGUGGCCAGGAAGAGUUGAAGAAUGAAUUCAUCAGCCCAGUUACAAUGUCAAAGCAAAACUCCAUACGUGCUACAGCUCUACGGAAUUCUCUCGAGGCCAAUGUACAGGCCUUGGAUAGCAGACUGAAGAAGAUUUUGCCGGGUGACAUGGAGCGACCCUCCUCCAGCGCGAGCGACAGGGACAUCAGCUAUGGAAACAAGUCUGAUCUCCUCACGACUAACAACAACGAGCCACUGCCGGACUUAACCUCCCAGUCUUUACCGGACGAUCUAUCGAUGGGAACGCAAGACUUUAUUUCACAUGGCGGUUUUAUCAAUUCAAGGCGAGGCGGGCGCUCAAAUGAAGCUUCAUUCCUCCACAAAUCCCUCAGCCUGUCGCAAGAGCAGUCACAGGAGCACUCCCAGUUCGAGUCAAAUUGGCGACCUACCAUGCAGUUCCACAGUUCUCCUCCUCAGAAUUCCCGAUUUUACGAUGAGAGCAUCGAACAAAGCAAAUUCAGCGCCAGCGCUCCAGGCUCGCCUCACGACACGAGCGUAGUCCAUCAUACCGAGAGCCACAGCAAACCGGUUUCGUCCGGAAGUCCAUUGAAACUCUUCGGAAACCGAGAUACAUAUACAAACAACAAAUUGAUGCGGAUCCUGAGCCAUUUUGAAGAGCCUGGUGACCAGUCAGAGAACCAAGAAGAAUCACCUCAAGAACAGCAAGAACAGCAAGAUAACGCGCUUCGCAUGAGUCAGUUUGGUAAAGGAGAGCUUGAUGGCUUUGGCUUUGUCCAGGACGUACCGAAACCUGCGCCGAUAGAGUCAGCUCUCGUCAGCUCCAAUGACAGGAUCUUCAGAUCAGUGUUGGAUGACAAUGGAGAAACCCACGACAUGACAUCAAAGACUCGACCGGAAUAUCCUCAGGGCGAUCAAAGGCAAGGAAAACCAACGGAAGCUUCUGGUGUGUCGGAGAAGGAUCGAAUGACUAAACGACGUAAGACUCUUGUGAAAGACAUGGUCAGCAUUGAAGGUCACGAGCUGGAAUUCAAAGUGAGCCAGCUGGAUGAAGUAGCCACUCUGGCAGGAAAGAAACGAAAAGACGCCAGACCUGGAGACGAUGGCAUGCCGGCUGAUCCAGAGGUUCUUGCUUCACGCAGUCUUCUCAAGCCUAAACUGUCGCGACGAACAUCAGUCAAUCGAGUCCCAUCGGACACGCAGAGAGAGCCAAUUCAAGAAGAGUCUGGAGCAGAGAGUCCUGCGGAAGGUCUUACGGAGGCGUUGGCUGCAGAACUGGCUUCCUUUGCGCAAGACGCUGCUCAGCUCAAUAACGAUUCUCGCAAGCCGUCACUUGCUACUAAAGACUACAUGGAAGAGGCAAACAAGGUGAUGCAGUUCAUUCGCUCUCGAGGGAAGCCCAAGCCUGCAUUGCCUGAAAUCAGUGAGCCUGAAAACGUAUCUGAGUUGAAUCCAGAUGCGAUCCUGGAUCUUGAUAUCGAUGCGGAGUCGACGAAGGAUGACUUUUCAAGGCCACCUUCUCGCGAUCGCACUGCAAAGCCUCUUCCAGAUCGUCGUCAUGCCCGGCAUGACUCCCGAACGGCGGACUACCUCAAGAAAUAUCAAGAUCAGGACGAUAUGGAUAUGUUGACUAGCACGUCCGUUUUUGGAACUGGAAAUUUGGCUCCGAUUGAUAAGAGGCAGAUCCAGGUGGAAGGCUCAGAUCGGAAUGCUCUUGACGACUCUCAAAACUCUCAGGAAAGCAGUCCUCCGAACAUUCGCAUUUUGAACCACUCCGAGACGGUGAGAAAACGCAAAUACUCUACAUCCACCGUCGAUGCGCCCGCAGACUCUACUCUGCCACAGCCAAUAUCAAGUCAACACUCGGAUCCAAGUUCAACACAGCGCACAUUCCCUACAAGCUCGUCCACGUCUGGUCAUAAAGGGGUGAUAGCCUGUGGAACGGUUUCCAUACCAGAUCAAGUUGGGUUGAUGACUUUUGACCACGAGAAGAAAAUGUGGGUCAAGAAGAUGGCAUCUAAGGAUGAUUCUCGACCGUUCAGCAGGCUUGAAAGAACCGAAGACGACCCAUUCGGCGACAUACCUGAUCUCAGCAUUGAUGAACAGCAGGAAUUGGAGAGGGCUCGACGUGAACGUGAGGAACGUCAGCAACUUGAGCAACAGUCGGAGGGAAAGGUGGCUGAUUCAGAAGCUGGGAUGGACUCAAAAGUCCAGCAGCAACCAUAUCGACAGCCGCUGGCCGAGCUGGACCCCGAAAUGGUGACAAAUGGAGACCAAAGAGACCAACAGCUUUCAGAAUCUGAAGAUGAAGAUGAAGACGAACAUAUCAAUCAAAGCUCAUUGCGGUCAAAAGCUUCCGAGCACGAAGCCAACCUUCACAAUGGCGUCGCGUCAGAACCUCCUGUCCAGCUCAAGGAAGGUCGCCGGCAGGCCAGAGUGGUGACGAUAGCAUUUUCGUCCCCAGUGGUGUCUGGUGUCAAUUACGCCAACAUGUCUGACCAAGAUUUCGAUGAUUUACCCCGUGAAGAUGACCUCCCAAUUGAUGACUCUCAGAUCGACCUAGAAGAUGAGCAUUUGGAAGACAGGAUUCCAGGACAGUUCGCUACACAGAAAGUUGCCCACUCCCAGCAAAAGCAGAGCCAGACCGGGACCAAAGAGCCCAAAAAUGCCGUCAAUUUCCAACCUCGAACGAUAUCACCCAUCGCAGAGGAUGAUGAAGACCAGUUUGAGGGACAGAUGAGCAUGAUCCGGGUGAGGCAGUCAAGCGAAAUGACCCCCGCUGGCCCCGGGACAAUAUCGAAACGAAAUAAGGCGACAAAUAAGGCCUCGAGUAUUCUGUGUCUGACACCUCUCUCCGAAUUUUCAGUCCACCAGAUUGAUAGUGCCAAACAUCUAGACCAAAGCUACGUUGAGGAGAGAAAACAUCCAAACGCACUUCGACAAGCACACGGUUCGCUGGCUUUGGCUGUGGAUGAACUAGUCAAAGCCAUAACAGACGCUGUGCCCGACGAGCUUUACUGGGAACAACUACGCCGACUAGCUCUCAAGAAAAAUAGCGUGUCAUCUGUCCAUGGUCUCCAAGAGUAUUGCCCUGUACUGGAGGAGCUUUCAGUCCACGACAACCAACUCACCCAAGUGAACGGUCUGCCGCAAUCUCUUCGAGUUCUCGAUAUCCACAACAACAUGCUCAACGACUUGACUUCGUGGGGUCAUUUGCACAAUCUUCAGUAUCUCGAUGUGUCUGGAAAUCAGCUGGAGAGUCUGGAAGGCUUCAGUUCUUUGGUACAUCUGCGCAGCCUAAAGGUCAACAAUAACCGAGUCACUAACAUUGACGGCAUUUUGGACCUCAAUGGGCUUCUCGAGCUGGAACUCAGUGGCAACGAUCUGGUGACAGUCGAUUUCGAGGGCUCUGAGCUGAGUCGGUUGAAGUCACUCGAUUUGAGUCACAACCAACUGAUUGCAGCUCGCAAUCUGGAUUGUCUUCCUGCACUUCAAGAACUGGAUCUCUCGCACAACAUGCUCGAGGAAUUUGCAGUGCCCAGCGGUGGUGGCAAGGUUUUGGAUGUGACUGACCUUCGACUGGCCGGGAAUCAAUUAUCUACAAUCGACCUGAGGCAGCUACCGUCGCUGACACGACUGGAUCUUGAUAGCAACAGCAUCAAGGAUAUCCAUGGGCUCUCUCUGGCCUACAAUCUUGAGGUCCUGUCACUGCGAGAACAGCGAGAUAGCCCAGACAUUCUGAGUUUGGUUCUCUCGACUCCCAAUGAAUGUCGACAAAUACGUCUGUCGUCGAACCAUGUUCAGAACGGCACAUUCGCUCUUCCCUCAACGCCACAGAACAAUCUGCGCGAGUUGGAAAUCGCGGCGUGCGGCAUCUCAGAGUUUCCCAUGUCAUUCGGGGCAUGUUUUCCCAACUGUCGCUCUCUUAAUGCCAACUUUAAUGCGAUCGGCGACAUCGCCCCGCUUCGCAAAAUGCUCAAGCUCAAGUCAUUGUUUCUUGCCGGAAACCGCAUCAGGAAGUUGCGUCGGACUUGCGUUGUCUUAUCGAGGCUGGGAUUACUUGAAAGUCUCGAACUCAGAGAUAAUCCGUUGACAGUCGGCUUUUACAGUCCUUUGUCAAUGAGCACUGACAGAGGGGCUGAGACUGAUCUUGAAGGCGGGAUGGAGUCGAUAUAUCUUCUCCCCCAAGCGUCGGCGGUCGAUGAUCUUCAUUGGAUCAAGAUGCUCGAUGAGAUCACGGGACUCAAACGCCGCACAAUCGAGUUGUUGUUGGUUGACCAUUGCAGGAAUCUGGUGCAUUUGGAUGGACUGCCCUUAUCUCGGGAACGUGUGUUGGGACAGGAUGCGGUUUGGGGAACCUUGACGGCACGGGGUGUACUGAAGAAACCGAAUCCGUCGCCGGAUGAAAAUUCGGUUGCGGAGAGUGUUGUAGAAGAAGAUGGCGAUCAUGGUCAAAGUGAGCAUGGACAAAGUGAAACUGAAGGGAGAGAGCAAGAGGAGCAGAAUGUGACGGAUCACGUUACGUCUCCAUGA